AUGUCAGUCGCUAUCCUACCGUCGUCUCCCAUUACUUAUGGCCAAGCACCUGUGCCGACGCUGCUUGCGCCUGGUCCAUCGCCUGCCAAACGACCAAAGCUCAGUCUCGACACCAAGGCUACACCACCAGCAUUCGGGAAAGCAUCUACGAGUCUGAGGCUCGAAACACUCUCUGCAACAUCGCCGACUGCGCGUAACACUUUUCAGAAUGGCUACAGCGUAGCAGCACAAUUACGAAAGCCAGGCGCGCGCCGACCAGUCCUCAAACCUCUCACCACGAGCGUACCUCCAGACACAACCCGGAAGCCUACACCAUUGCGAACAGAGUUGCAUAGUACAGCUGAGCCCUUCGACCAGAUCUCAUCGCCGUCGUCCACGUCCGCGACAUCGGUCUCAACGAUCGACUCAUUGCCCGCUGAAGUGCCGUACAAGAUCUCGUAUAACGUCCAAUCAAUAUUGAGAAACGGACCUCUACCGCGAGAAAGCCGCAAGAGACGGUCGCUCGCACAGGCAAGACCGAUGUUUCCUCCGGCGAAGAAGGUAGCUUUCCAGGCACCAUUGACGGAGGAUAUCAGAAACACGAAGUACACCAUGGCACAUAGCGACAUCGACUCGUCGUCUUCCACCAUUUCUACGCUGGAACUGCCACCUCCCAAGUUCGUCUUGACACAUGACAACCAAGAGGAGGGAGAUGUGGACCCGGCGACCGAGGUGACGGAGCGGGAAACCUCUGCUACAACCUCACCACAAACCGGUGAGAAGCGCGAAUCCUCGGACGAGGAAGACAGUGAUACCUGUCCCGUCACCCCCGUGGCUGGACGGAGGAAACGGCAUCGUCAGUGGGUGUGGACAUUGGCUCCCGUCAAGCCUACCGUGGAGACAAACGAGGAAAUAAAGAGCACCACCACAACCAUGAACGGUGUAGACGAUACACUGGCCUCGCAGCUACUAAAGGAUGGCGAAGAGCACAUAGACUCUACCAAAUAG